UCGCCGACAGGGUAGUAGCCGUUCUACCCUUGGCGGAGCAACUCGUUGGUCGGAGUCGCGCCUGCGCAGAACCUUCCUUCCCCUCUGCCCGCCUCGCCCCCGCCCCUCUCUGUCUUCUCGGCCCUGGGAGCAGCUUUCCUGCCACAACCCCUCAUCCCCUGAAAAUGUUUGCCUGCACCAGAUUCGUCUCCACCCCCACCUUGGUCAGGAACUCUUCCCAGUUGCUGAGCAGACCCCUCUCUGCUGUGGUGCUGAAAGGACCAGAGGCGCUAACAGAUGAGAGACUCGGCAACCUCUCAGCCCCACGCUCCUUGACCUCACUUGUUCCAAGCCGCAACUUCCAAACUAGCUCCAUUUCUCGGGAUAUCGACACAGCAGCCAAAUUCAUUGGUGCUGGGGCUGCCACAGUAGGGGUGGCAGGCUCUGGAGCUGGAAUCGGAACUGUAUUCGGAAGCCUCAUCAUUGGUUAUGCCAGGAACCCUUCCCUGAAGCAACAGCUCUUUUCCUAUGCCAUUCUGGGCUUUGCCCUCUCCGAGGCCAUGGGGCUCUUUUGCCUGAUGGUGGCCUUUCUCAUCCUCUUCGCCAUGUGAAGGAGCAGAAUCCACCUCCCAUCACUAUUUCUCCUGUGUCUCUUCUGCCCUAUAUGUUCAUCUUCCUGAACUUCCUCAGGCUGCCUGUGAAAAAUGGUUGGCUCAGGGUUUGACAGAGAA